AUGUUCAAACGUAUGAUCAUGUUCAAUAUCUCUGGACCUUCGGGUCGGAGGUAUAAAGACGUCGACUGUGUCCAUGAUAUGGGUACUCCACUCUAUGAAAAGUACGGUGCUCAGCUGCAAGCCGAAGUUAGUUACUAUGAUCAGCCCAAAUAUGCCAAAUAUACCAUCUAUUUUGGAAUUUCAUUGAUAUUUUUGGCCAUGUUGAAACAUCUUUGGUAUCGCAUUCAUGAUAGACUUAAAAUCAGUUCAAAUAGUUCAAACUACUUUUCAGCUUUUGUUGAUGUUACAACCAGCUAUUGCAGGUUUCUCGGGUAUAAACAAGUACCACCAAUCCUAUGUACCAUUUUUGGGCUUCCAGCAAAUUUUGGCUCACUUUUGUUCAUGAUGGCUUCAACUUUAUAUUUGGGAUUAUACUGUUUUGUGCCGCAUUUUUGGUAUAGAGGUUGUGGUGGGUUUGGUUCUCCUCCAUUGGCUAUUCGUGCUGGACUUAUGGCUACGGCAUUGACUCCAUUCAUUUACGUCUUGGCUGGUAAGUCCAAUGCCAUCACCCUGAUCACCGGAAUUUCGUACGAAAAAUUGAAUUCUGCUCAUCAAUUUUUAGGAUUAGCUUCUUUGGUUCUUUCCAUUGUCCAUGUGGUUCCAUAUAUCUAUCAGGGAUUGGCAGAAUAUGGAGCAGCUAGUAUGAGAGUUCAAAUGACCACGGCAUUCUACUAUAUGAGUGGAAUACCACCGUUGAUCUUUUUGGGUCUUUUAUGUCUCUUGUCGAAUAAGUGGAUUCGACGUCAAUGUUACGAAGGAUUUGUAUCGUUUCAUUGGCUUCUUGGAAUAGCUUAUUUUGCAACACUUGUGUGGCAUAUCAAUUGGGGUCUCAAUGCUCAAAAUUACAUGUGGGGAGCCUUAGCAUUCUGGAUGUCACAAUUGGGUUAUAGGGCUCUUGUGAAGACGGCAUUUAGACCCAAUGCCCUUUUUCUUCGUCCCAGAAUUGCUUAUUUGACAAGAUCAGGUCCCGAAGCUUUUCUUGUAGAAAUUCCAAAUUCAAAGGUUUCUUGUAAACCUGGUCAGCAUUGCUACCUUCGGUUCUUUGGAUCAAGAUUUUUGGAUAACCAUCCGUUUUCCGUAGCAACUAUUCCAGACGAGGAAACUCCAGAUAUGAAAUUUCUCGUUAUUCCAAAGAAGGGUCUUACGAGAAAGUUGCACAAGGAAUUAGUGGACAAUGUUUCCACACAAAAAAAAGGUGUAUAUCGAUGGUCCAUAUGGUGGAAGUGUUAG